AUGUCUUAUGCAGAACAUGGUCCUCGAAUUUUCUUAGCUGGGAGACCGAACACUGGAACACCAUUGAUAUAUGGUGACUACGUUUUGCCAAGAAAACGACUAGAAGGUCGAUUAAAAUUGCAUGAUUCUUGUUCAGAUAUUAGAGCCUGGAGUCCAAAUUCUUUGGAAAAUUCUCGCUAUUUUCGCGAACUUAGUGAACAUGAUUCACUAGUAGGAAAAAUAGUACCAUUCAACGUAGUGAUUGAUAAUAUAAUUCAAUUCAAUUCGCAAACACAAAAUGAACUCCGGGCGGUUAAACGAGAAUUGCAAAACUAUAAAAGUCUUAGACUUACUCCAAAACAGGAAGAACAACUACAACAUUUAGAUCGUUAUCAGAAAAUGAAGGAAUCAUUGCAGAGCGAUCAUAUAAUGGGAACACUUUUAAAAGAUGCAUUUGCCAAUGUUACUAAAUCUAUUCCUGUGAUUAAUUCAAAUUCAUAUUUGUCUGUUCGUAUGCCUUCUGAAAAGCAUUUUCAACUUCUUAAGAAAGAUAAAUCAACUAUUACAAAUCAGACCAGUCAAUUAUACUCUUAUGCUGUAACUGCAUUUAACAUAAAUCCAUCCUCAAAUAAUGUCGCCUUAGUGCCAUCAAUUAGAUCUACUCUUAAAGCAUCCCCUACCGGAGAUUACAGUAAAAACCCAUCAAGCUGCAUAGAGUACAUUGAUAUAGCUUUACAGGUGGAACAAGAAAUGCAUGAUGUUGGAGUACAGUUUGAUGGUCAAACCGACACAUAUUUAAAUAGAAUAACGACUACAUCUGUAGUGUCUCAAACAUCAUUCGUAUAUAAGUCUAGCGACGAAGAUAACAGUGCGGAAGAAUCCGACAAAAGCAGUUUGGAGACAAAUAAUCAAAAGGAACAGAGCUUUGAAUGCGAUGCAUCUUGUAGCGAGAGUUUACAAGAUAUUGAAACUCCAUCAGAGUCUAGUAGCGACAUAGAAACAGAAUCUAACUUUAACAUACAUGGUAGUAAUCAUAAAGGGAUUAUCAUUCAAAAAGAUUCCGAAAUUAUUGUUUUGAAGAAUGAACUUUGUGUAAGGGAUGCUGAAUUAGAGGAGAUACGAGAUAUAAAUAAGAACUUAGAGACUUUAUUGAAGGAAAAGGAAGAUUGUAUAAACGGUCAACAAGAUAAUGUUAAAGCAAGUACACAGAAUAUACUACAUGAUAAGCUGAAGAAGUUAGAGCACCAACGUAAUUGCGAAGUAGAAGAUUUAAAAGCAAAAUUUUAUGGUUGUAAAUAUUUAGUUGAUCAACUCAAGCAAGACUUAAAUAAGAAGUGUGAAAGUUAUUACUUGCAGUCACAAGAAAUUGAAAAGCUCAGGCCAUAUGUUAAAGAAGUGACGAUAUUACGAUUAGAAAAAGAUUCACUUUUAAAGAAACUACAAGAAAUGAAUCGACUAACUGAACAAGCUGAGAAUUAUGAUUUGGCGUUAGAACGAUUAAAAAAUGUCUUACGAGAAAAUGAUGAGCUUAAAAAACAAAAUUAUGAACAGAGCCGCAUUCUGGCAGAUCAAGAAGAAGAGAUAAAGCGAUUACUAAUAUUAAUUAGAGAAACGUCAAUUACACAUGAUGAACAGGUGAAGACAAAAACCAUAUUAGAGAAUUUAAAAGCUAAUAUUCAUGAUAAGACUAUUAAAAUUUCUCAAUAUGAAGAGCAAUUAAUUUCUAUGAAACAAGAAAUCAGUGAUUUUGUCAAUAAUUUAAAGCAUGCUCUAAACAAUCUGGAAGAAUUCCAUGGAUCAUUUGAAGAUGUGUGUAUUUGUACGAAAUGUGACUUGGACAUUAAUGAGGAAGCAAAUACUGUACUGUACAAUAUAAAUGUCCUAAUGACAAGAUUUCAAAGUUAUAAAAUAGAACGUCAGAAUCUUUUACAACAAAUAGAAGAUUUAAAGCAUUAUGUAAAAAAUGAUAAACAGCAAGCUUGCUUAAGUAAAAAUUUGAAGAAUAUAAUAUUUGAUGGCUUUUACUGUGAAUCUGAAACAAAUUCGAAAGAAAAUACAAGUGGAAAGGACAAUAUAAUUUUAUUGAAUGUAAGAGGAAAUAAAAAUGAUGCAAGCAAAUCAGAAAUUGAAGAUAUCUCUAAUUCUGAUAAUAGUGAACAUUUAUCGAAUGAAGUAAUUGAUAAUGUAAAUUUUUGUCUACUUAAGAAGGAAUAUCACAAUUAUGUUAUCAAGUUGAAUAAGAAAAGUAAUAUAGAUGAAGUGGAGAAAGAGAUCAUUGAAUAUAUUUCAUAUUCUCUAAUUAAAAUCCAUUCGCUUAUUCAAAAGUUACAAGUAUACAUAGAAAUUGAACGUCCUUUGAUGAUUAAACAAAUUUACAAUUUUUAUGAAGUGCUUAGAAAUACAGAAUCAGCUAUUAACACUUCUCAAGAUAUUUCAAUGAGAAAACAACGAAUUGCUGAAUUAUACAAUCAGCAUAAAGAGGAACAUAAGAAAUAUAAAUCUUACAAUAAACAAUUACCCAAUAAUUUGUUUCAAAUACAAAUUAAGAUAAAUGAAUUUAUUGAAACAAUUCUUUAUCAACUAUUAAAUGAAGUAGUAUAUGUAGAAAGCCAAAGUAUGUCUGAUAAGCAGAUAAAUCAAGCUUUUGAAAUACAUCUCAAAUCUUGCAUUGAUAGAAUAAAUGUAGCCCUUCAAGGUGCUGGCGAUCAGCGUCUGCAAGUAGUUGAGGAAAUCGAAAAGCAACAAAAACAACUACAGAAAAAGGAUUUAGAAAUUUCUCAACUGAAGGAAGAAAUGGCGCAUUUAACACAGAAAGGGGAAGGUGAUUGUCUAAAUCAAGAGGAAUCCAAACAGAGUGCUGCAAUAAAAGAAGAAUUAUCGAAUGUAGCUGCGGAACUUAAUGCAAAGAAAGCAUUUAUCUCGAAAUUAGAAGAACAGCUUCAAAUAAUUAGAAACGAAUUGUCCGUAUGCGAGAAAGAUUGCAAUGCGCUUAGAAAACAGAAAAAAACUUUUGAUAAUGAUAAAAAUAAAUUAUUAAAAGACUGUCUACAGUAUAAAAAACAAUUGGAAAUUAAAAAUACAGAAUUCAAAAUUUUGUCACAGCAGCAUCGAGAUCUAAUAGAAGCUCAAAAUUCGAGAACAAUUAUGGAAGACAAGAAUAUAGAAAUGAAGAAGAGAUUGAUUGAUCUAGACUUUGAAAAUAACGAAUUGAAAAAGAAAGUUAUACAAGUAAAUGAGAUACUUUCUCAGAAGGAUGAAAUUCUAACAAACUUAAAAAAUAAAGUUAAUGAAAAUGAGAACACUUUAUCACAGAAAAUUACCGAACACAAAAACGGAAUGGAAGAAAAACGUUACGAAAUUACAAAACUAAAAGACGAAAAUAGAAUGUUAAAUACAAAAUUAAAAAACACUGAGAGUAAACUUGCAGACACAAACCAAACAAUUUUAUCUUUAACAGAACAAAAUGAUAAAAUUGAUAUCAUAUAUUUAUUGCAAGAAGAACUUGCAAAAUUAGAUAAAAAUGAAAGAAAAUUGAAAGCAGAGCUUAAUAACUUGAAAGCACAACAUGCCAAUGAUCAAAAUAAGAAUAAGCAACUUGAUAAUAAUUUAAACGCAUUGUUGUAUGAGAACGAGAAUUUAAAAAAGAAUACGGAAUAUUUGAAAAAUGAAAAUGCUGAAUGGUCAAUUAAACUCGGCAGUGAAUUGUUUGAAGAAAAAUUAAGAAACAAAUUAUACACAAUUUCUAAUAAUCUAUAUGAAAGAUUAUUGAUGCUUAACAAACAAUUUCAUCCUGCAAAAGAUUUAUCAAAUCGUCCAUCUAAUGAAAAACAGAAUGAUAAAUACACAAUGUAUCAAAAUAAAAGAAUGGAAUUUGCAUUGCAUAAUAUAAAUGACGACUUGAAGCCGGAAUGCGGGCAUGCAAAAAGAGAAAAUGAGAUAGAAAACGUUCAAAAUCCGCAACACUUGUGCAAUACAAAUACAGAAAAUGAAAUAUUAAAAGACAAUUAUGUAAUAUCUAAACAAUUGCAUUCUUCAGAAAAUCACAGUCCAGAGAUGAAGUACAAAAUAAAUCGCUUAGAAAAUGGAACUGAUGAAAAUCGAAAUGAAAUUGAAAAGUUAUUAAACGAACUGGAAAUUAGAGAUUCUGAAAUAAGUAAUCUUAAGGAUGCUCUGAGCUGCUUAGCACAAGAAAAAGUUGAUCUUCAUGUUGAACUUAAAUCUCAAAUAGAAGAAUAUCAAGGUAAGUUAACACUAAUGAAAAGAAACUACGAUAGCAGUUUAAAUGCACUUUGUGAAAGGCACAAAGAAAGUGUUGAGACACUGCAAAAACGAUUUGAAGACAUUAUAAAUAGUGAAGACAUCAUAAACAUCAGAGCAUUCGAUUCAGAAAACUGGUUACAGUCAUUAAACAUGAAUGAACUGGCGGAUCUUUAUAAACGAAUAUGUAUAAUAAUGAAUAACUCGAAUUUAAUUCGAACGAAAGAUGAAAAUCGAUGCUUUUACGAGAAUGACAUUAAAAGCGAAUUUUUCAAAGAAAUUAAUAAAACGGAGAAAAGCUUAGGAACUUCGCAUAAAAAUUUAUGUGCAAAAGAGGAAUCAUCAAGUAAAUUCGCAUCGUCAAUUUUGAAAGAACAAAAUAAUUCAUACUUACAAAGUCAAUGCCAGUUUAUAAUUUCAAGUCAAAUUCAAAAAUAUCCAAAUAUACAAAUGCAGGACUACGCAUUAAAUUUAGAACAAGAUUUUAGAUGUUCUACUGAUGAAAGAAAACCAUCAGAAUCUGAAAACAAAUAUGAAAAACAGAAACAUGCAGUGAAAGAUAAUAGUACUGUAAGUUUAUCAUUUUUACAAACAUAA